AUCACUAAUUGGUGACAAAUUAUUUCUUUUAGUUCCCAGCCGUGUCUGUGAAGCAUGAUUUGUAUUAUAUUAUAGUAUUUGCCAAUGCUAAUAGUCGUUAAAACCGUGAAUUUAAUAGAUUUGUGUUGAAGACCAACUGAGGAACUUUAUAAUGGCUAAUGCGGAUCUUAGAAAAGAGGUGAUGGCGGUACGGCCUCGGAGCGUCUAUACAGCCCAUUCUUUUAAUCAGGAGGAGUCAAGCUUAUCCACUUUUCAAGACUACAGCAAGUUCCUUGAAGGCGGUCUUGGGCAAGCCGAACUCGUAGGCGCAGCCGGCUGGCAGCCCCCGUGGAGGGCUCCCUUGCAACGGAAGGCCCACUUUUAUCCUGGCGAUGACAUUUUCCAUGCUGACACUUGGCGGGAAUUGGAGGUAACAGAUGGGAUUGGAGGUGCAGCCUAUAAUGUUUCCGUGACACCCCAUGGUACUGUCUGCAUGCGGCUGAGAGAUCGAGUAAAGGUGGAUAUGACCAUAGAUGGAGCGGUACGCCUGACCAACGCCAAGAACAACAUAAUCCUUGCGCUGUCGCGUUCUGGUGCUUCGGCAGCUCUGAUCCAUCCGAACGGAAGAGUUUACCAGUACGGCUCGCGCGUUGAGAUACAGGCGCGCCACCAGCAGGGAAAUAAUAAGUAUGCCAAGAUGUGGUACAAGGGAGUCUCGUUCACCGCAGAGCAAUGCGCAUUGGUGUACUUGGUGGACGCUGCCGGCACGCGCACCACCACGGAUACCUUCCUCGACAUGAGCCAGGACUUCACGCUCAACGUCUUCUACAACGAAUCUCGUCACGGUCCGUCGUACGUGAACGAAGCCCUGACUCUGCUGCAGGCUGUGCAGUACUGGCUCACUGAUGACGGCAUCGAUAACUGGAUCAUCAACAAUGUCCGCGUCAGCCAGACCUCUGAUGGACUUGUCCGGGUCCAUCGCUGCAGUCACAAGUACCAGCUCCGCACGAGCCCCAGCAAUGGCUCGGCGUCUAUCACCAGCCCCUUCCUGCACUGCACGGCCUCUCUCGGACAGACUCAGCACCUGUUUGUUAGGCGCGGGGAGAGGCGCAUGCAUUUUGACGGCAACUCCUUCAUAGUCCGCAACGCAGGCCAUUCGGCGGGCUUCGACGAUAAGAACCAAUUAAAGGUGUAUUAAUACCACAAACUACUUCUCUAUAACGGCUGAGCUCACAUUGGCUACUAAGUAUACCAUCGAGCAACUGAAGCUAAUGAGAAAGGAGCUCAAGCUUCUUCCCGGCGAUUAUGAAAGCUAAUAAUAUGUUCGGACUUCAGAUGCUCCUGAGCUUCUCGAAGCUGCUAAAAAUAAGCGAUCACUCAUGCUAAAGUAGCCAGUGCACGCCCAGCUUAAUCCUUUCCGUUUAGCGCAGACAACUGAUUAUUAGGGAAUGUACACAAAACUGCGAUGCGACGCAAUGCGAAUUCGCAACGCAAAAAGUUGCGACACGAAUUGCUGCGAUGCGAUUUCGUGCGGCAAGGCGUCGUCUCCCUUCCACGAUAAGGUGACCAUUCCUUCGAAUUUGAUGCGAAUCAAUUCGAAGGAAUCAUCGCAGGUCGCAUCGCAGUUUUGUGUACAAGCCCUUAUCGCUUCGACAGUUAUUUCUUUGACGCUAACGUUUCACAAGAAAGCGAUUCUUUGAAAAUGAGUGCAAGUAUGACCGAUUCCCACCUUUCGAUCCAGCAUUUGUUAAUUUUUUCGUAAACAAACGAGUCAACAUGCGUUUGUGUAGCUUAGCCGAAAAUCGGCCAUUGACACUCAUUAAUUAACAAAAGUGCUAACUGUCUGGAAUAAAGCGAUAUAAUGCAUACAUUUUAGAAAGUACUUGCCGUAUUUGCAUAUUGCACUUUUGCCAUGACUUUUUUGACGUGACAACGUCUUAUAAUUCGAUAGAGCCGGCUGCA